AUGGCAGCGAGCACCACUACCGCGGCGUCUGCCCCCCUACCCCAUUUGCCAUAUGAACUUGUCCUGCACAUUGCUCAGUAUGUCAUUGGGGAUGUGUACGCCGCCAUUACUGGGAACGACUGCACACACGGUGGGGUCAGGUGGAAGCUCGGAGUGCGCCAAAGUUGGACCGGAUCUUCGUCGGACAACAUCAUCUACCCCGAGUCCGAAGCGGACUUGCCGAGGAGACGGGGAACGCCAUUUGGUCCUCUGCGAAUGAUUUCGCAGGUUGACGUUACCCUGAGGAGGGAGGUGUUGAAGCACUUUGCCCCAUUCCCAGGGGCUGCCUCACGCUCGUUCGGCUCGUUCGAGGAUCUGGGUUUGACAUGGAUUGCCACAGGAGACACCUUUCUGUUCGGAAGGGAUCUGACUUUCUGGUGGUCUGUACUCGGCGCACUGGUCGAUAUGCCUGCAUUCGAAACGCAGAUAUUUGAGACUAUUCAGGAGGUCCAUCUCGAUAGCCUGAAGUCGAUCAAGGUCCUAAAAGGGGCAAUCGGAGACGAAGACGUCAAAAGAUUCUUGCAGCUCUUUCCCAACCUACGGAGAGUUCUCAUUGGAAUCCCAAAGAGGAGGGAUCUCAUCUCCGCUGAGUACAUCGACGAUGAUCUGUCUCCCCUUACCAGGGACUCAUUUGCCGACCCGACCAAGAUUCCCCCAUUCUUCGAUAUCAUCUGGACAGCUGGCGUGAAGACCAACACCUUUUAUUCGAGCGACGCCACCAUCUUCGACACGGUCUAA